AACCAAAAAUCAAAGGAAUCAUGGCCGAGCACCCCUCCUUCACACUAGCGGGCCUACUGGCUUGCGGAGGAACAGCCGGUUAUCUCCGAACACGCUCAACACCCAGCCUCGUCGCAGGACUUGGACUGGGUAUAUCGUAUGCGUAUGCUGGCUACCGCAUCAAGCAAAACCAGGAUUAUGGCACUGAGCUCGCGCUGGGCAAUAGUGUGUUGCUAAUGGGUUCUGCGAUUCCUCGCAUUGUUAAAACGGGUGGGCGUGCGCCGGUGCCGAUUGCGUUGGGUGCGACGGGUGCUUUGGCGACUUGGUAUUAUCAGAAGAAGAUGCGCGAGUUUAGGUAUGGCGUGUGAGUGCUGUAUGGCGGUGGUGGUUUAGGGAGACAAUGUAUUGUAUGUGCAAUUAUAAACGCUUCUCAAGGA